AUGUCUUCCACACGGAUCUAUAAAGCUGAUGAGACUUACCUCCCUGCGGACGUCUAUAACACUCUUCCUUGUGUCAACUUAGCCAAGGUAGAUGAGGAAGAGCAAAAGUGGGCUGCAGCAAGGAGCGCCCUUUUGCAAACGAUAUCUGACUAUGGCUUGGAGGAUGUGUUUUCCCUUCACCUUCUACACAGGCACUAUGACCUACCCGCCAACCAUGCCAUGGUCUAUGAGCAGAGCCCUUACCCACCAUCUGAUGAUCUUCCGUUCUUCGAGAUAUGUCGUCCCAGAUGCAUACAAAACCUUGAGGCGGCGAGAAAGCCUCGAGGGAAAUUCUUUUUUUACCGUCAAGAUACAGAAACAAUGAGUGCUUACGAGUAUACCACCGAACUCGGCCCUGAUAUAACUUCCACUGCCUAUGAAAGCUUUAUAAACGACUUCUGCCGCGAGUUACUGAAGCUGAAAGUAGAAAACGUGUUUGCUCUAUCCCUUUCCUCGCCAUCAGAAAAUAGCAGAAUCCUUUAUGAGACUGAAGUUCCGGCCUAUAAGGCAACACUGCGCCUCGAGAAGGCUGACUGGGUUCCAGAUGGGUUUAGCACAGAUUGGGUCAGUUCCACUGGCGAGAUGGGUGGUGUCUAUCCCCGUUGUGUUCCUAAAGGGGCUAGUAAGCCUGCGGAUAAGCAUUCAAGAAGACGCAACUCUGAACAUCAUAGGACUGAAUAUAUCGGACCAACCGAUUCAACAAGUGUCGGGGUCAUCUGGGAUGGCAAAAUUUUGGAUAAUGAUUCCGUUGCUUAUAGUGUCUUACUGAAGGCGAGAGAACUGAUUAUCCAUUGA